GCUCUUCAAUUUUCGAACCAGAGCUUCGAGAGAGACGAAAUGGCGACCGAAGAAGAAAGCACCGUCAAGGAGCCAUUGGAUCUCAUAAGGUUGAGUCUUGAUGAGCGCAUUUACGUCAAGCUACGCUCUGACCGCGAGCUCCGCGGGAAACUCCAUGCUUAUGAUCAGCAUCUUAAUAUGAUUCUUGGUGAUGUUGAAGAAAUUGUUACAACAGUAGAAAUUGAUGAUGAGACUUAUGAAGAGAUCGUUCGUACAUCCAGGCGUACAGUCCCAUUUCUUUUUGUUAGAGGUGACGGGGUCAUAUUGGUUUCACCUCCGCUAAGGACUGUUUAAGCGCCAGUUCGAGAGUUUGCUUGCUUGCAUCCUUAAUGAUGGGAAUCUUGUAUUUGUCUUCUGUACCUGACUGAUUGGAGCUGAAAAUUUUGGGGAUCCAACAUCUUCAGAACUAUAAGUACCCGACCCCUUUCAUAAACUAGCCUUAGCUUAGCCUUUAGUUGUUAUGCAUGUUGGAUUAUGUUGCAAAUGUAGUGAGUUAUUCUGAAAUAUCUGAGCAUUUAACUGUAGUUUUUGGCAUUUUUAUUGGGUGCACAAAUUGUAUGCCUUCAGAUUUUGUAUGCAAGGCCAAGUGCAACUUGAUGAUAUGCGUCUAAGCUUCAGAAUCUUGUUCUUAAGCGUCAGCUCAGUUAUCUUUUAAUUUCUUUUAACUCUCCCUUAUUGAAAAGUUUGUUAUUAGUGUGUUGGAUUGUUUGUUCAAGUCAUUUGUUUGUGUUGUAUGAAUAGUUGAAGAAGCUUGA